CGUGGCCGAGUGAACCCGUGUGCAAAUUAAUCUGGACGAGAGUGUAAUGGAGCGUUGCCGGAUCACUCAGCAUCCGCUGACCCGCAUCGGACAUGGGCAGCAUCCCCGGAGCCUUGUACAUUAUCUCCCUGCACCAUCAAGUGCCCCAGUCCUCCAGCACUGCAUGCGAUACUUUUGCUUUGUCUAAAGCACCGUUUGCUCCGCUCACCUGCGAGAGGUUCUUGAACUUGAGAAAGGACUCCUCUGAAUGCAGCACAAUCGUCAUUGUUGGAACCCCUGCAGGAGCACCGCCUCCACCACCGCGCUAUCCCGCGGAACGCUGACUGAAACCAGCCUGAGGAAGACCUGUCGUGGGCAAGUGGUCACCAAGCAGACCUCGUGCGGUCGUGAUACAGUGUCAGGACACCGAAGACUAACUAGCUAGGGCUUGGAAACGCCUGAUUCCAUCAGCUGACGACGCGCGUGAUACCGCUACCAUUCACGUCGGCACGGCCGGCCAGCCGACGUGCGCUGCCCGUGGCCGGGUGGGGACGAAGCGGCGCGGGACGCCGUCGCCGCCGCCAGCUAUGGAGACGUCCGCCGGUCUCCGUGCCGACGCCUCAGCAUCGUGCGUCACCGCUGGAAGCGAUGCUGCACUCUGCCUGCGCGUCGGGGGCUGCGCCGCGGUUCCUGAUGGUCCUGGGGGUGACGCAGGGCACGUUGAUCCGUCGGGAAGUUCCCGGGCUGCGCUUUGCGACGGAGUCGAGAGUCUUGCCACGCUCGCCGACGGCAGAAGCCAAGCCAAGCUCUCCGCUGCUGAUAACGGCGGGAGCCACGCCAAGCUCUCCGGUGCCGACGGCCGCACGGAGGCCUGCGCACGUGUUGGGAGUGGCGCUGAUGUCCCUUUGUGUGCUGGGAGUAGUGCUGUUGCCUCGACAAGUGCUGUGAGUAGUGCUGAUGCCUUGACGGCAAGUGCUGGGGCCGGUGCUGAUGCCUCCACCUCCAACGCUGGGGGUGGUGCUGAUGCCUCCCCCUCAAACGCUGGGGGUGGUGCUGAUGCCUCCAUCUCAAGCGCUGGGGACGGUGCUGAUGCCUCCACCUCAAACGCUGGGGGCGGUGCUGAUGCCUCGACCAGAGCUGGGAGUAGUGCUGAUGUCUCGACGAGUGCUGGGGGUGGCGCUGCUCCUUCGAACCUCGCCAGGUCGUGCACCGGACCCUCCGGCGCCGCAGUGCCUGCUGCCAGCGGCGGCGCAUCGUCGCCAGCGCGAGCUAGGAGUCGCGCCCGGUACCAAGGCCGGGCCGGCGGCGGCGCCGCGUACCCUGGCCGCACUGCGGUACCGCUGGUGGCUCCGCCACCGGUCGGAGGCGGCGUGUUUUCCCGCGCUUUCGCCAGACACAACAAAGACCUGGCGCACGUGCUUCAGUCAUUGGAACAGCUGCACACCCAGCUCAGCGAGGUGGACGUUGACUACGAUGAUGUCGAGUCUCUCUCGGAGGGCCACAAGACGGCGCUGUACGCGUCUGUCGUGCUCGUCAAGCAGAUGCUGAACGAGACCCAGACCAAGUUCCACAGCAUGAUGGAGGACAACCAAAUAUUGGGAUCCCGCAUCGACAGCAACCUGCAGGUGGCCCAGUCCCAGGUUACUGACCUGAGGUCAGAGCUAGCAGAUACUCACAGGAUGAUCGACCAGUUGGCAGCGGCGGCGGGCUCCGGAGACCGCCCCCGCCCGGCCGCCGCCGCGCCGCCGGAGAAGACCAAGGUCAACGGGGUCACGGCGCCGGCGGCCGACGCGCCGGCGGCCGAGCCCCUGCUAAGCUCGGAGCCGGUGCCACCCGCCACCGAGGACGCCACCGACCUGCCCUCCGACGAGGAGCACACAUACUACGAUAGAAACGCGCUGCUGGCAAUGGACCAGUCGCGUCUUGUGGAGGCCUGCCUCUCGCUGCAGUCGAGCCACCAGGCGCUGCGGCAGCGAGGCCGCGGCCUGCGCUCGCAGGUGGCCGGCCUGAGCGGCGCCGGCGACGCGCUCGAGGCGCAGACCAGCCAGCUGCGCGUCAAACUGAAGGCCAGCGAGGCCGAGGUGGCGCUCACCAAGGAGGCGUUAGCAGCGCUCAAGGCUGACCGGAAGCGGUUGAAGGCGGAAAAGUUUGACCUGCUGAAUCAGAUGAAGCAGCUGUACCAGACGCUGGAGGACAAGGAGCGCGAACUGCGUGAUUUCAUCCGAAACUACGAGCAGCGGAUAAAGGAAAACGACGAGUCGCUGCGCACGCUGGCCGCCGAGCGAGACGAGACAGAGCGUGAGAAGUGGAACAUUCUGAAACACGCGCGCGACGAGACGGAACGCUCCGUGGGGCUGUCGGCCGAACUGAGCAACAAGGACGGCCAGCUCAAACACAUCACUGAGGAGCUCACGGGCCUACGGAAGCAGCUCUCGCAACUGGGCUACUACUCAGACCAGGAGGCGGCGAGCCGGCCGAGUCGCGCCGCGGCGCCGCCGCCGGCCGCCGCGCCGGCGCUGGCGCCAGCGCCGCCCUCGCUCUCUCCGGGCGCGCUCGGCACGCCCAACGGCCGCGGCUCGAGCGCCGACUCGGGAGUUCGAGUCAGCUCUGACCGCGACUCGGUGGCCGCCGGCACCUCGGGCAACCUGAGCGACUCGACCACCAGCGGCGAGGCGGGCGCUCCGGCGCACAACCCGGACGGCGUGCCCACCGACUAUGACUCGAUAUCGAUAGUGUCCUCCGUAACCGCGUGCAGUCCCUACUACUACUACGCCCCGGCGGACGGCCAGCGCGGCUCGCCCACCAUGUCGCCCCUCACGCUGUCGCACACAGUCGACGUCGCCUCCAUCUCCAAGUCGGCUGAGCAGCUGGACUCGCUUGACCAGCUGGACCGCAAGCUGCGUCCUAAGGGCGCCAAGCAGGGGACCUGGGGCAGCAUCUCGCGGGUGUUCUCGCGCCAAAAGCAACGCAAGCAGCUGCAUAUGGGCGCGCACACAAACGACGAGACGUGGUCGCCACACUCGUCGCUCUGCUCGUCGCCGCUGACGGACGAGUCGUACGCCGAGAAGCUGCGCCUGCUGGAGGAGGCGCAGCAGCUGCCCAUGGAGCGCUGGAAGGCCUCGAUGGUUCUGGCCUGGCUCCAGGUGACCCUCGGCAUGCCGCAGUACGGCCCCGCCUGCGCCGAGAACGUCCGAUCCGGCAAGGUGAUGCUGGAGCUGACGGACGUGGACCUGGAGCGGGGUCUUGGUAUCCUGCAGCCGAUGCACAAGAAGAAGCUUCGGCUGGCCAUCGAGGAGCUGCGCCAGCCACACCUCUGCAAGUACCCGUACAUCUCUCAGCUGAACCACGGCUGGGUGGCGGCUGAGUGGUUGCCCGACGUCGGCCUGGCGCAGUACUCCGACAUCUUCAGCGCCCACCUCAUGGAUGGACGGAUGCUGGCGCACCUCACCAAGAAAGACAUGGAGAAAUACCUGAACGUCACCAGGAAGUUCCACCAGGUGUCGAUGCUGCACGGCAUCCAGCUGCUGCGGCUGCUGCAGUUCGACCGCCAGAUCAUCUGCGAGCGCCGCCAGCGCAGCGAGCUGAACGGCGACGACGUGCUGGUCUGGACCAACGCCCGCUUCGUGCACUGGGCCCGCUCCAUCGACCUGGCAGAGUACGCUGAUAAUCUCAAAGACUCGGGUGUGCAUGGGGCACUGGUGACGCUCGAGCUCUCCUUCACGGCGGACACCAUGGCCACGGCGCUGGGCGUGCCCCAGUCCAAGAGCAUGAUCCGCCGGCAUCUGGCGGCGGAGCUGGACAAGCUGGUGCGGCCGGCCAGGGUGCUGCUGGACGAGGAGGCGCGGUACGCGCGCUGGGAGCAGGAGCGCCGACGCGCCGACCGGCCGGCCGCCGCCACCCUGGGCCGACCGUUCUCGCGCUCGUACGCCAGCGGUCUGCAGCGCAGCUCCGACAAGGACAAGCGCGGCUCCAGUCUCCGGAACAUGCAACUCCAGUUCAUGCACAAGAAGGGGUCGCUGAGCCGGGCAUUCGGCCUGAAGACGCGCCAGGAGCUGCAGCAGAGGGAGCCGGUGUACGAGACGCCGCGGGCGUCGGCGGCGCGCGCGGCGCCCCCGCCGCCACCGCCGCUGGAGCGGCCGCAGUCCGUGGUGACGACCAGCAGUGAGUCGCGUGUCGAGAGGCAGCACCGCCGCAUCAAGUCCAUCAGCGACAUGGAGACCAUCACCGUGACGCCCGUCUGAGACCCGGCAGAGACGGCGCACUGCGGCGCGCGCUGGUGCAAUACGGCAGCGGUCGGGCCGCGUUUACUGCCAUCUAGCGGGCCAGUGAACACUUGAGCACGAUUUUCGCCGGUGAGGCAUUCGCUACGAAUGGGUCAAUGGAUGGUGGACGCGCGGGAGUGCUGAUACCCGGGAACUUCUGGGCUUGGUGACGACGACAGGCGGCAGCAGUGCACGUGCGGCGACGUGCGUUGUGCGGGGCGGCUACCCCCCGAUGAAGGCCGCACGUCUCGUGCCCCUGUGAUACCGGAGACAGCACAGCCGUCGUUUGCCAAAUGCUCUAGUCAUGCCCGCGGGCCGGGGUCGCCCCCGGCGUUUUCCGCGCCGCCCCUUUCCUCCCCGCCUGUACAAACGGUGUCCGGCGUCGGCCAGAGGGCGGCGCUCGCUCAAGUCGGUCGGCCGCGCCGCGGGGCUCGGGUCUCGGUCGGAGGUCUCGACCUCAAGGUGAAAACCGGCCUCGCCGGCCAGACCCACACUUUAUAUUGCGGAGACGGUGCAGCGCUGGUGGCUAAAUAAAGCUUUACAUAUCCA